AUGAGUGAAGGCUAUGUUUGGAUCGUGACUGAUGGUCUGACAGCUGAUUUGUUGAGUUCAGCAAAUCAUUCUGUCACUGAUACAAUGCAAGGGGUAUUGGGGGUUAAACCUUAUGUGUCAAGAACAAAAGAGCUCGAAAAUUUUCGAGUUCGUUGGAAAAGGAAAUUCCAGCAAGAUAAUCCAGAUAAUGUUGAUGCUGACUUGAACAUUUAUGGACUAUGGGCCUAUGAUGCUGCGACGGCGUUGGCCUUGGCAGUUGAGAGAACUGGAACUACAAACUUUGGCUUCCAAAAGGCAAAUGUUUCUAGCAAUUCAUCAAUGGAUCUUGCAAAUCUUGGUGUCUCUCUAAAUGGUCCAAACAUUAUUCAAGCGUUAUCAAACACUAGUUUCAAAGGUGAUAACACUGCUGUUCCCAAGGGUUGGGAGAUUCCCUCAAAUGGGAAGAAGUUGAAAAUAGGAGUGCCAGUAAAGGAUGGCUUCAGUCAGUUUGUGUCAGUGACAAGAGAUCCCGGCACUAACACCUCGACAGUAAUGGGAUUUAGCAUAGAUGUUUUUGAAGCUGUAGUGGGGUCAUUGCCUUAUGCCCUGCCUUAUGAGUUCAUCCCCUUUGCCAACCCUGAUGGCGGACCCGCUGGAAAUUAUGACAGCCUGAUCUAUCAAGUUUACUUACAGAGUUAUACGGCCAGUUUAACAAGCGUACUUACGGUCCAGAAGCUACAGCCUAAAGUAACUGACGUAAAUGAGCUCAUUAAGAAGGGGGAGUAUGUCGGAUACCGGGAAGGUUCUUUUGUUCCGGGAAUCUUGUUAGGGUGUUUUGACAAGUCGAAGCUUUUGCUGUACAAUUCAACUGAAGAAUGCGAAGAACUUUUCUCCAAAGGAAGUGGAAAUGGCGGUAUUGCAGCUGCUUUUGAUGAAGUGCCAUAUAUGGAGCUCUUUUUGUCAAAGUAUUGCUCUAAAUACACCAUGAUUGAUCCUACAUUUAAAACGGGUGGUUUUGCCUUUGCCUUCCCUAAAGGUUCUCCUCUAGUACCUGAUGUAUCAAGGGCAAUUCUAAACGUUACCGAAGGAGAUAGAAUGAAGCAAAUCGAGGACGCAUGGUUUGGGAAACAAAGCACUUGUCCAGUUUCCAGCACCUCAAUUUCAUCGAAUAGCCUUAGCCUCAAGACUGGGCAGCCAUCUUCAUUGGAAAAGAUGGCUGUCAUGGCUAUUCCUCCCUCCACCAAGCAGCAACCUCUCCCUCCAAACAGCUCAUCCAAUCACCCAUAG